AUGGCUUCGGCAACCGUUCAGGUCCCUAGAGAUCACAGCUCCCUGUUAGCACAGAAGCAGCAAACAGCACCUGCCUCCUACGAGCCCCAACACGUUCAAACCACCCUGAACUUCUACAAAGAAAACGAGGACGGUUCACCUCCAGCUCCAAGUUAUGUCGGAAAGCCCGAAACCUUUGAGCGGCCAAUUGCGUCUCUUCCCGUCACUAUCCACGACAUUAGCGGACAUGAGCUCGACUAUACCCUUGACAAGCAAGGUUUCCAGCUCUACUACCACGAGAGCAUAGAGAAGGACUUUUUGGACGAGGAGAAGAUCAAGCGUGAUUAUUACGCAGAGACAGAGCAGCUACUGAAAGAUGCAACCGGCGCAUCUCGCAUCUUCAUCUUUGAUCACACUAUUCGCCGCGCCCCUGAAGAUUUCCCUACAGCCGAUCAGCGCAGAGGUCCGGUGCAACGCGUACACAUUGACCAGACUUACGAAGCGGCCAAGAGCCGUGUCAACUACCACCUCCCCGAUGACGCCCCCGAGCUUCUGAAAGGAAGAUACCAGCUCAUUAACGUCUGGCGUCCUAUCCGGACUAUCCUCAAAGAUCCGCUCGCUGUUGCGGAUGCCCACACUGUUGAUGACAGCUCUCUUGUGCCGGUGAAGUUAAUCUAUUCCGAUCGAGAGGGUGAAACUUAUACCGUGAAGCCGGAUCCGAAUAUCAAGUGGUACUAUCGCUAUGGACAGACGCCUGAUCUGGUUACUUUGAUUAAAUGUUUUGAUUCUAAGACUGAUGGAAGGGCGAGGCGCAUUCCUCAUACUGCGUUUGUGAAUCCGGCGACGGAGAACGAGCCUGGUAGACAGAGUAUUGAAGUGCGGGCUUUGGUUUUCCACCCUGAUGAUCGAGAGUAA